CCGGAAGAAGAUGAAUAUGGUAUGGUUGCCAUGAUUAAGCAAACUGAUCCUACUAAGCCUCGAGACUUGUAUCUUCCAGAAUCUGCAUUCAAUUACCAACAAGAUAAAAUUGAUGUGCAAAUUGCUCAAUAUGAAUCAAGAAUGAGUCAAUUACGGGAUUUAACAACAAAUGAACUUUCCUAUGACCAAAGUAAAAUUAAUGCCAUUAGAUUCACCAGAAAUGAAAAAAUCUAUUUCGAUGGAUUGAAGUUUGCCAACAAAUAUCAAUUAAAUAAUGAACCAACAUAUUUCAGAAUGGCUAGAUUAAAUUUCGGCAAUGAAGAAAAUGAAAGUGAUGCUGGUUGGCAUUAUGAGUGGAGAUUCUUCAAUGGAGCCUUGAGAUACUUAAAGAAAGGAUGGAACCAAGAAGAAUUAUUGAUUAGAGAAAAGGUUCUUCUUGAUAGAAUUCUUCGUAAUUGGUUCAGAUUUGCCAAUGAAAAGGGUAUAGUCUCCUGGAUUUCUCAUGGUCCAUUAUUAAGUUGGUAUUGGGAUGGGUUACUUUUCCCAUUCGAUGAAGAUAUUGAUAUUCAAAUGCCAGCAGAAGAAUUGUCUAGAUUUUCUAAAUUAUAUAAUCAAACUUUGGUUGUUGAAGAUAUCACUGAAGGUUUUGGGAAAUAUUUUAUUGAUUGUUCGACUUUUAUUCACCAUCGUGGUAAGUCUUAUAAGGAAAAUCAUAUUGAUGCAAGAUUUAUUGAUAUUGACACUGGUUCAUAUAUUGAUAUUACCGGGUUAGGUAUUUCUGAUGAGAAGUACCCUGAUAAAUAUAAAGAGUUGGUGGAAAGUGCAGAACGUGAAGGAAGAGCUAAACCAGUUUAUAACUGUCGUAACUUGCAUUUCUAUUCUUAUGAUGAAUUAUCACCAUUAAGAUUCACUAUGAUGGGAGGUGUUCCAUUGUAUGUUCCUAAUAGAAUUGAAGAUAUCUUAAAUGACGAAUAUUCCAAGGGUCUUACAAGUUAUGAAUAUGGAGGAUUUUAUUUUGUUGAUGCUAUAAACCUUUGGAUUCAUCAUUCUAAAUUAGAAUUUUUGUUCCCGUAUGAAACAUUCAAAACUAGCGAUGGUAAAAUUAAUGAACUUAGAUUUACUCAAUUAGUUCAAGGUAUUGGGGAAAAAGAAGUUGUCAAGCUUUUAGAAAACGACGAAGAUAUAUUGUUAGAGUAUUACUUGACUAAGAAUGUCACUGAUAUUCAUAAGGAAGAAUUGACAUAUUUAUUUAACACCCCAAAUGGUUCCAAUACAAAAUUAAAAGAUGUCGGACAUCAAAAGACCAAUGGAGAAAUUGCGGACGACAAGGAAUAUCAUAAGUUUACAUCAAAAUUUAAAUUCCAAAAACCUUUCAGAAGACCAUUAUUUAAUUAUGAAAUGAUAGAUAAACCAAGACAUCACCAAGAGUAGUUAAUAUCCAUAGAGUUAUUUAUAGAAAUAUCAUCACAAUCCAUAACAUUUAAUUUUUAAAAGAAAUAAAAGAUCCGAAAUUAGGCUACUAAUCCGAUCGUGUGAUGUUUUGCCGUAAUUUUAAGGGAGCAACUACGUAAUAAUUAAGUCUUCUAUCUGUGUCAGAUCUUAUCAGAAUCUCAUCGCGUGCUAGUUCGAGCGCGGAACAG